GCAAGGGAUAAACAAAACAAAACAAAACAAAGGAUCCUCACCUGCAGCCAAAGCUAUCGAGUCUGACAACGUAUUGUGACAGAGAGUGUAAGCAGAAACCUUGAGUGGGAUUCAGAGUGAUGAAAAGCCUCAUCCGCCCCCAUGGGAGCUUCGUUUGAGGCCCCACCGAAAAAACAGAAAUGAAGAAUCCUCUGGUUUGGAGCGUGUGUGCAUAAUUGUUUUUUCAUCUCUUUGAACAAAGCAAAAACAAAACACUUCAGAGCAACACAGACUGCUGAGUGCCACACAGAAGUUAUUCUCAUAAAGGUUUCCUCUGCAGAUGUGUGUUUGGGAGGAAGAGUAUCAUCAUGGAUAAAAUGAGCCUCUGGGUGUUGACAGGCCUGUUGGCCGUCACUACCGUCUUCUUUAACGUCUACAUCUUCUUGAUGAGUCUGUGGAACUACAGGCAGAAAAAGAAGUGGAGUCCCAGCGAAACCAUCAUCGUGGCUCUGUCGGUGGCCGACGUGGCCCACCAGCUCGUCUGCUACUUCUGGAUGACCAUGGACGAGGUGGACAGCAAGUGCCGCAUCUCCGAGCUGCCGUACGCCGUCAUGCUGCUGUCCAUCUACAGCCUCAAGUUCACCAUCAUGUGGGAAACCAGCUUUCUCACUUUCUACUACAGCACCAAGCUGGUGAACACGCCCAACCGCUGCUACACGCACAUCCAAGCCGCCAUCCUCAAGCACGUGACCUUGGCCGUUUGUUUCAUUCCUCUGUGCGGCGUGGGCACCUGCAUGCCGAUGCUGGCUGUGUUUAACUCCGACAACUUCACCGUGCCGAACAAAGAUUGUGGGGUUUUGAUGCCCCAAAACCCCUCCGGCAAGAUCUACGAGGCCAUGUACCUGCUCCUCGCCGACGUGCUGCCGGGGGUGCUCAUGGUGAAAUGCUGCAUCUCAAUCUCCCUCCACCUGGCUACCCAUCUCCGCCACAUGAAAGCCAUCACCAACGGAGCCCACGGGCCAAAGCUGGGCAGCCAGAUGAGGGUGAUCCGGAUGGCUCUGUCCCUAGUGGCCGUCUUCAUCCUCUUCCUCGUGAUCGACCUGUACGUCAACUACGAGAUAUCGGUGAACCACCAGAACAUCAUCGGGCUCACGUUCUUCUUCACCUCCAUCUUCACGACCGUCACCGCCGUGGUGCUCAUCUACGGGAAGAAGACUUUCUGGAAAGCUCUGGUGCACGACUUUAACGUCUGCCUGGAUGAAUAUCCAUGUUUGUCUUGUCUGAAGGUGCCCGAACAAAAGGCCAAACCCAGCAGCGCUCCGGCGAAAGUUAAAACCUGAGAAGCCAAUUUACUUCUCACUGGAGGUCUUUGUGCUGAAAUCAAUUGGUCAUUGUCUGAACUUAUUAAAAACUUUGAAGUUACUUAUUCUUUUAUCUUUCGCGCUAGCAAUUUCAAUAAUGACUACUGUCCUGCUUUAUCGCCAUUAAUUGCAAUUUCUUACAUCAAUAUGGUAUUUUAGCUGCGUUAGCCGGUUAGAGCGGGGGAGAGCUGUUUGAGCCAGGCAGGUGAACAGCUUUCCAUCCAAAUCACAGGCUCAUCAGACUGUAUCUAUGAAUAUUAAUAUUUCAGUAGAACAAAUAAUGGUCGGGCCCGUAAAAUAGAUCCCCAAGCAUGGUUGCCUGGACAUGAUGUAACUGCGUGCCCAUCUGAAAAUGUUAAAAAAUACAUGUGACUGUGGAGUACAGAGCAUAUUAAUAAAACAAGAAAGCACAGAGGUUUUAAGAGU